GUUGAGUCAAGCGGGUUCCACCUCCAGACGCUAGCGGCGCGGGGCCUAUUUACGAACUCAACCCAUAACCGCCAAUUUCCAAGAUCAUCAGUGAGAACGAGGAUAAAAGUCAAUUCGCAGCUGGUAGCUAGAAGCUUGUCCUCGGACUUGAGACCCGCCGAGGAUAUUGUAUCUCGUCUGGACCAGGAUCAGAAACUCUGCCGUGAUGAAAAGCCACCGAACAGUCUUGUCCUGAAGCUAUCUAAAGAACCACCAGAGUUGUCAGCCGCCAUCUCGUGGCAUCUCACACCUCGCAACGGGCUAUCUGAAAAAAAAUUUACGAGGCCGAAGCUAUCGCUGCGCGUCUAA